ACAUAUCAGAUAUUUAUUACCGACAGUUCCUACCAUUUAUAUGAAAUGAGCGUAGUUCAAUUAUUAUUUUUAAUAUUACUAACACAAUUUAGUAGCAUUAUCCAUUAUUCAAAAGCCGAUGACGUGCUAGGAUGUGGAGGCUUUAUAAAAAGUCAUGCAGAAAUUGAUUUUUCCAAGGUAGAAGUAAAGUUAUUGACAAAACAAGGCUCUUUAAAGGAUAAAACCGAUUGUUCUCCUUCAAAUGGAUAUUAUUUUUUGCCUAUUUACGAUAAGGGUGAAUACCUCUUACAAGUCUCGCCGCCUCCAGGUUGGAGUUUCGAGCCACAACAGGUGGAACUUAAUUUUGAUGGAAGAAAUGAUAUUUGUAGUCAAGGCAAAGACGUGAACUUUGUGUUUAAAGGUUUUGGUAUUACUGGAAAAGUAGCCCUUGCUGGUCGAGAUAAUAGUGGUGUGCAGGGCGUAAGCGUUCAUUUAAUUUCGGAAGCUGAAAGCGAGGAACGUCUUGUUGUGACUAAUACAUAUGGAAUUUUCUCCUUUACCCCCAUAAUACCAGGAAAAUACAAAUUGUAUGCUACACAUCCGAGAUGGCAUUUUUCAAAAUCGGAACACAACGUUUUAGUGGAAAGUGGCAAUACUGAAUUGCCAGAUAAUUCAUUGGUUGUAGGAGGUUUUGAUGUACUCGGGCAUUUUAAUUCGAAUGGUCAAUUGAUCGAAGGCAUUAACUUGGCAUUAUUCAGAGAGAAAGGGCAACAACUUUCAUUAUUGUGCGACCAAGGAAGACAUGUUGAAUUAUCAGUUAAUAAUUUAAAUUAUGAAACACAUUCGUCUUGCCAAACUUCAGUGGAUAAGAAAGGUAAUUAUAUAUUCAAAGGAGUUCCACCGGGCAAAUAUUUGGUGGAACCAACUGUGGAAAAUUCCACAAAUAAAUUACACAUAACACCAAUAUUGAUAGAAUUGGAAGUGGACAAAGAUACACUCUUCAUAAGAGACGAAUUUAAAAUUACUGGUUUUACUGUAGCUGGGAAAGUACGUAAUUCACAUAUUGGAUCACCUAUAGAAGGUGCCUUAAUAAUUUUGAAUGAUGAAGUUGUAGCAAAAUCGGAAAUAGAUGGUAGCUAUACGUUGGAAAAUAUAAAGCCUGGACAUUACAAACUUCGAGCAGAAUACCCACACUAUCAGUUCAGAGAACGAGAAGUCGAUUUAAAGAUAAAUACAACAAAUAUUGAUGCUAUAGUGCCUAUAGCUUUCGAAGUUUGUGGAAAAGUAGUUUCACAAAAAUCGUAUGUUGUUGGUAUUACAAAGCAUUCAUCCGGUUUUCACACAACGGUUUCGAGCAAACCUGAAUCUGGAGAUUGGUGCACAUAUUUAUCAAGUGGAAAAUACAAUAUUGAAGUCCUGACAACAGACUCAGAUAAAACCAGUGGUAUACAAUUUUUCCCACUACAGCAACAAAUCGACGUACAAUACCAACCGCUCAAGGAUAUUUUAUUUUCACAACUACGUGCGACUUUGUCUGGAGAAGUAAAAUGUCUUCCUGAUGCUCCUGAGGCAUGCACUGCAGCAGAAAUUACACUGCAUUCAUUAAAUUCAGAAGGGCAGCGAACAGGGCAAGUGGAAAUGUUAACAGCAAAAGGUGGCAAGUACUUAUUCAAAGACAUACUUCCGGGUGCGUAUGAGUUAACUAUAAGUCAGGAGAACUUGUGUUUUGAUUCCACAACGGUCUUUGUCAACGUUGCUACAGUUACACAAACUGCACCACCCUUUCUUCAAAGAGGGUAUGAGGUUACUGUAAUUUCGAGCCAUCGAGCUAUUAUGAAAUAUUCUUACACAGGCACAGCAGUUUCCGUUCAGCAACAACAGUUAUCAGUAGAUACUCUGAAAUUACUUACAGGUGUGAACACAUUUUGUGUUCCUAUAUUCGGGACAUACAAAUUUAAAUUGGAAGGUUGUCAUUUAUAUGAUGACAAUCUACCUAAAACGUUUAAUACUGCGGAUAAAAAACCGGUUAUAGUUACUGCUAUGGCCCAUAAAAUAGGUGUGCGAAUACUUUCUUCAGAGGCAAAUAUAGAUACUCUACGUUUAAUUGUGGAAUCGAAAACUCUUGGCAAGAAUGUUAUAACACCAUUCGCUGAGACUCAUAAAGUGGAUGGAAAAUAUGCAUUCCGAUAUGAUACUCACUUGCAACCCCAAGAAAUAAUACAUAUUACACCACAAAGCGAUUUGCUACUUUUUUCUCCUCAAACUAAGGAAUUAAUAGGAAGUAAUGAUUGUGUAGACAUUGCAUUUAAUUUCAUCGCUACACGAGGCUUAAUCAUAAAAGGAAAAGUUGUGCCUGCUCUAGCAAAUGCUACAAUUAUUUUAAAUCAUCCAGAGAAUCCAGAACUGGCUGCACAAAUUUUGCAUAGCAAUAUUAACGGUGAAUUCACAUUUGGACCUAUUGACGAGAAUCUCAAAUAUGAAUUAAAAGCUGAGAAAGAGUCAUAUGUUUUCUCUGAAUUCAAUUGGGAGACAUCUUCAUUUCAAGUGCAUAAAUUAUGUGAGAUUAUUGUGAAUGUCAAAGAUGAUGAUGGCAAAAUAUUAAGUGGUGUUUUACUGUCGUUAAGCGGUGCAGAAAGUUAUCGUAGGAAUUUGAUUACCACAGAAGAGCCUAUUAAUUUCCAUUCACUUUCACCAUCACGUUAUUUUUUACGACCCAUGAUGAAAGAAUAUAAAUUUGAGCCUUCAUCGAAAAUGAUUGAUAUCAAGGAUGGGGAAACUCUUAAAUUAGAAUUUAUCGGAAAACGAGUGGCGUAUUCCAUUUUUGGAUCGAUAAAUUCGCUAAAUGGUGAACCUUUCGGGCAAAUAAAUAUCGAAGCCUUAUCUGACGAAAAUUGUCAACAUCAGCAAGAAGAAACCACAAGUGAAAAUAACGGGCAGUAUCGUUUACGGGGACUGCAACCAGGCUGUACUUAUGUUUUAAAACCCAAAGAUGUUGAUAGGCCUGAUUCAAAUAUUGCACGCUCAAUUCCUGAAACUCGGAUCGUAGAAAUAGCGCAAAGUGAUAUACGCGGAGUAAAUUUUAUCGCCAUAAGUCCUAUAAAAUUCGUUGAUGUAAUAGUACGUAUUAGUACUACCCUAAAUGAUCACUAUAAAACAUUUAGAAUUUUGAUGUACCGUAAAGGUGCAUCUGAUUCACCGAUUUACUCGCAACGUAUUGAAACUCCUUUAAACAUGAAAUCAAAUUACAAUCCUGGCAUUAUGGUAUUUCUUCCGCGCAUACCGCUGGAUGGUAAGAGCUACACAGUGGAACUGAAAUCGACGCUUUCCGAUAAGACUUAUUCUUAUAUAUUACCAUCGGAAACAUUUGUGGCAGAAACUAGCUCUAUAUUUAUUGAAAUGAACUUCAAACCAGAGGUUCGCACAGCUGAAGCGGAUUUGAACCAAAAUUCAAUUUCAGCUCUAAUUUUAGUGGCUUUAGUGUCAAUUGCUUUCUUUAAACAAGAUAUUGCUAUGGACUUCCUAAAUUUUGUUUGGAAUAAAGGAAAUGACAUAGCUCGGGGUUUUGCACAAAAGCAGGAAAGCAGCAGGAAAAAGGAACUACGUAGUGUGGAACCAAUAAAUCAAAAAAAAAUUGAUAAAAUUGCUGAUCAAAUAAAUUCAGUAACCAAAAAAAAAGCUAAAAGAAUAUAAUCCUAACCCAGUAUCAGUCGUUUGCAGUACAUAGAAUUAUUUUCGAUUAUCUAAAUAAAAUAUUGACGCAAAUUAAGUGUUUUAAAUUUAUUAUCCAAUGUAUAAAAAUAAAAGUACACUUUUAGAAAAAAUAAAUUAUUUAGAUCAAACCA